AUGGAGACCCAUGUAUUUGUUAAUGGAGCAUUGCUUUUCUUAGCUCUUUGGAUAUGGGUUCCCAUAGAAGUCACUUGUGGAACUGGAAAUGCCAGUGUUUCUUCUUCCAAGCCUAGGGUUGUGAAUGUUGGAGCUUUGUUCACAUUGAAGUCAGUUAUUGGGCGAUCGGCUAAGCCGGCGAUCAUAGCUGCAGUUGAAGAUGUUAAUUCUGAUCCAAGCAUUCUAGCAGGGACAGAAUUGAACCUGAUUAUGCAUGACACCAAUUGCAGUGGAUUUUUUGGAACUGUUGAAGCUUUACAGCUGAUGGUGAAUGAUGUGGUUGCUGCAAUUGGUCCACAGUCCUCUGGAAUAGCACAUGUUAUCUCCCAUGUUGUGAGUGAACUUCAUGUUCCACUCCUGUCAUUUGGGGCAACAGACCCCUCCCUAUCAGCUCUGCAGUACCCAUAUUUUCUCCGCACUACACAGAAUGAUUACUUCCAGAUGUAUGCAGUAGCUGAUCUGGUCGAAUAUUAUGGAUGGAGCGAGGUAGUUGCCAUCUUUGUUGAUGAUGAUUAUGGCAGAAAUGGUAUUUCUGUUUUGGGUGAUGCGCUCGCUAAGAAGCGUGCCAAAAUUUCUUACAAGGCUGCUUUUAGUCCCGGAGCCGUAACAAGUGACAUCAAUGACUUGCUAGUUGGAGUAAACCUGAUGGAAUCUCGUGUUUAUGUUGUACAUGUAAACCCUGAUUCUGGUCUUACAGUUUUUUCGAUAGCCAAAAAACUUGGGAUGACGACCAGUGGUUAUGUUUGGAUUGCAACUGAUUGGCUUCCCUCUCUUUUAGAUUCCCUGGAAUCAGUUGAUCCAGACACUAUGGAUCUCUUACAAGGGGUUCUUGCACUUCGUCAUCACACUGCGGAUUCUAAUCUCAAAAAAGGUUUUACCAAUAGAUGGAAAAGUUUAAAAGAUAAGGAAUCAUCGAGCUUCAAUUCUUAUGCACUCUAUGCUUAUGAUUCCGUGUGGUUACUGGCUCACGCUCUUGAUGUUUUCUUCAAAGAAAGUGGAAAUGUCUCUUUCUCCUUUGAUCCCUAUUUGCAAGACACCAAUGGAAGCGCAUUGCACCUAACAGCACUCCGCAAUUUUGAUCAAGGCCAGAAAUUACUCCAGAUACUAACUAGAACAAACUUCACUGGUCUGACUGGUCAAAUUCAAUUUGACUCGGAGAAAAAUUUAAUACAUCCAGCCUUUGAUGUUCUCAACAUUGUUGGAACUGGGUUGCGCAGCAUUGGUUAUUGGUCAAAUUACUCUCAUCUCUCUGUUGUUGCUCCAGAAAUUUUAUAUACGAAACCCCCAAACAUUUCUUCCAGUAAUCAACGUCUUUACAGCGUAAUAUGGCCUGGUGAAACUACAGCAAAGCCUCGGGGAUGGGUGUUUCCCAACAAUGGGAGGCCUUUGCAAAUUGCAGUGCCAUAUCGGAUUAGUUAUAAAGAAUUUGUAACUAAAGGCCAGGAUCCCCCAGGGGUGAGAGGAUACUGCAUUGAUGUCUUUGAAGCAGCAGUGAGCUUGUUGCCUUACCCCGUGCCUCGUACAUACAUACUAUAUGGAAAUGGUCAGAGAAACCCUUUAUAUAGCAAUCUUGUGUAUGAUGUUUCACAGAAUAAAUUUGAUGCAGCUGUUGGAGACAUUACAAUUGUUACAAAUAGGACAAAGAUUGUGGACUUCACACAGCCUUACAUGGAAUCUGGACUUGUCAUAGUUGCUCCUGUCAAACAGAUAAAAUCUAGUCCCUGGGCUUUCCUCAAGCCAUUCACUUGGGAAAUGUGGUGUGUUACUGGGGCAUUUUUUCUUUUCGUGGGAGCCGUUGUUUGGAUUCUGGAGCAUCGGACGAAUCAGGAGUUCCGUGGUACACCAAGGCAACAACUUGUAACAAUCUUUUGGUUUAGCUUCUCAACAAUGUUUUUUGCACACAGAGAGAACACUGUGAGCACUUUGGGACGCAUGGUGCUGAUCUUGUGGCUCUUUGUUGUUCUGAUUAUCAAUUCAAGCUACACUGCCAGUUUGACAUCAAUCCUCACAGUGCAGCAGCUGACUUCACGUAUUCAAGGGAUUGACAGCUUGAUCUCAAGUAACGACCCAAUUGGAGUUCAGGAUGGAUCAUUUGCAUAUAACUAUCUGGUUGAAGAGCUCAACAUUGCAGAGUCAAGGCUCCGGAUACUGAAAAGCCAGGAAGAUUAUGUUAAUUCCCUUAAGCAAGGUCCAAAAGGCGGUGGGGUUGCUGCCAUUGUUGAUGAAUUGCCUUAUGUUGAGCUAUUCUUGUCCAAUGCCGAUUGUGUAUUUAAGGUUGUGGGACAGGAGUUCACGAAGAGCGGAUGGGGAUUUGCGUUUCAGAGGGACUCUCCUCUUGCAGUUGACUUGUCAACUGCUAUCCUUCAACUCUCGGAGAAUGGUGAUCUCCAAAGAAUUCACGAUAAAUGGUUGUCUCGUAAGGCGUGCUCUGCACAGGUAAAUCAAGUGGAUGAUAACCGGCUCUCUCUCAAGAGCUUCUGGGGUCUCUUCCUUAUCUGCGGCAUUGCUUGCUUCGUUUCUCUUGUCUACUUCUUCUAUAGAGUGUGCAUGCAGUACCGUAGAUACAGCCCAGAUGGCGAGGUACAGGACGUUGAGGAGCCUGAAUCUGCAAGGUCAAGUAGACGUACCAAUCGAAAUCCUAGCUUCAAGGACCUAAUUGUUUUUGUUGAUAAGAAAGAAGCUGAGAUAAAGGAGAUACUUAGGCGUAAGAGCAAUGAUACGAAAAGACAAGCUGGCCAGAGCUCAGAUGGGCAGUCUAGCUCACCUCCCUGAGGAAAAUUUGCUUUUCGGCUGGUGUUUUCUUCCAAUGCCCCUUCCCUUGUCAAAGCCUUCUCAAUCUAUGUUCAUGAGGUAAUGAAUCCAUUCCAUGGCUAUGAUAAAGAGUAAGCUAGGGAAGGUAUACUGAAACCAUACCAUGACUAUGAUACAGAGAAGCUUGGUUAGGAGAUCAUUAGUUUGCGUAAUGAAGUGAUGUCUGUGUUUUCAGGAUGUAAGAAGUUAACUCCAAAAUUUUGGGUGAAUUACAAAAUCUAUCACAGAAGAAAAGGAUUCCUUGUGCUUGUUGGCUUCUCUUUCUGACAUUUUUCAUGUGUCACUACAUUAAUAAGAG